ACAAUCGCAGAUCAAAUACUUUCAGCGCGCCGCAUGCCCGCGUGUCUCAUCUAUAUGACGGCCUCAAACGUGAAAGUAGCGCUUGUCGUCGGCGCCUCACGAGGCAUCGGCAGACAGAUCGCCAUCGACUUGUCAAAGCACGGAUACGCAGUUGUUGUCGCUUCGAAAAGCACAUCUGAUGCGACAAAAGUACACCCAUUUCCUCCGGAUCCCAACUCGCAACAAUCGACAAUAAGCACUGUCGCGCGAGAGAUUCAGGAGAAUGGUGGAGAAGCGACAGCCAUUGCUUGCGACACGCGCGACUUUACGCAGAUCCAGCAAAUGGUGGACCAGACGAUCAAGAAGUACGGUAGACUGGACGUUCUUGUUUACAACAGUGGUGCCAUAUGGUGGAGCAGCGUCGAAAAAACGCCCAUGAAACGAUUCCAGCUUAUGCAGCAGGUUAAUGUGGAGGGCCUCUAUGGUACUGUACAGGCUGCGCUUCCACAUUUCCAGAAAAAUGAUUGGACUGGGAGAAUUAUAGUCAUCUCUCCGCCCAUUUACUCACGUUUCUUUCGGGGGAAGACGGCGUAUGCAAUGGGAAAAGUUGGGAUGAGUGUCCUUACCAAGGGCUUAGCGAUGGAUUGGGAGCGUGAAGGGAAAACAAACAUGGCCAUCACAAGUAUCUGGCCAGCAACGGCGAUUCAAUCAGCGGCUACAGAGAACCUUGCUCGGGAGCAAGCGAGCGAUUUGCGCAAGCCGACUAUAUUCAGUGACGCGAUUCUCGCCAUGCUUGCCGCCCCGGUGCAUGAAGUCAAUGGCUGCCUUGAACUUGACGAGGACUUUUUGCGCAAAAAGGGGUCGACUGAUUUUGAAAAGUACAACGUCGUGCCGGGAUCGAGUCCGCGAAGGAUUAUGCCGAUGGAGUUUCCUGAUCUCACUGUUAAGGAACAAGCUGAUGAAGGGAAUCGUAUGGAUAGUACAGCACUCCGAUCAAAGAUCUGA